AUGAACACAUCAGAUUCAGAGUUGGUGGCCCGGAUCCUGGGGGACGCGGGAUACGACCCCGGCGCAGAUGGCGUCGGCCCUGACACUGACGCGGUGCUCAUCAACACGUGCGCGAUCAGCACCCACCGAUCGCGCCUCCGCUGUGCGCCCGGCCGCGGCCGGCCCCCUGCAGCCGCACGCGCGGGGACGCCGGGGCCACCAUUCGGCCUGGCGCGUGAGCGCCGCGCCGCCGCCGCCCCUGCAUCUAACCCGGGGCCGUCGCGUCUCGCGCCGAUGCGCCGCGCGCGGCGGCAGGGAGGGCGCUGA